AAGCGCCCCACGUCUGCGCGCGGCGGGGGAAGGGCAGGGCUGACACCACUUCCUCCCUGAGGCUGCAGACCUGAGCCCGGUGCAGCCUAGUGCACUUCGUCGCAUUCCCCUACAGUGUCCUGAGGCCGACCCCGUGCCCUGCCCGCACCCCCGCCAGGUCCCCGUACAGCCUUGGAGAUGGAUGAGUCAAAUGAUGAUAUAGACCAAAUGUUCAGCAAUUUGCUGGGAGAGAUGGAUCUUUUGACCCAGAGUUUAGGAGUCGACACUCUUCCUCCUUCAGACCCUAAACCUCCCAGGGCUGAAUUUAACUACAGUGUGGGUUUUAAGGAUUUAAAUGAAUCCUUGAAUGCACUGGAAGACCAAGAUUUAGAUGCGCUCAUGGCAGAUCUGGUAGCAGAUAUAAGUGAAGCUGAACAGAGGACAAUCCAGGCACAGAAAGAGUCUUCCCAGAGUCCGUAUCAUCCGGCCCCUCCGGAAGUGUCACAUUUCAGUGGCGCAGCCUCUCCUGGUUAUGGAGCAGAUGUCGUUGCAACUAGUAUGAGCCAAUAUGAGGAUGAUUUACCGCCUCCACCAGCAGACCCCAUGUUAGACCUGCCUCUGCCACCACCACCUCCUGAACCUCUCUCUCAGGAAGAAGAAGAAGCCCAGGCGAAGGCUGAUAAAAUUAAGCUGGCAUUGGAAAAACUGAAAGAGGCCAAAGUCAAAAAGCUGGUUGUCAAGGUGCAUAUGAAUGAUAACAGCACGAAGUCACUGAUGGUGGAUGAGCGGCAAUUGGCCCGAGACGUUCUAGACAACCUUUUUGAGAAAACCCAUUGUGACUGCAGUGUAGACUGGUGUCUUUAUGAAAUAUACCCAGAACUACAAAUUGAAAGGUUUUUUGAAGACCAUGAAAAUGUUGUUGAAGUCUUAUCAGACUGGACAAGAGACACAGAAAAUAAAGUGGUGUUUUUGAAGAAAGAGGAAAAAUAUGCUGUAUUUAAAAACCCCCAGAAUUUUUACUUGGAUAACAAAGGGAAAAAAGAAAGCAAGGAAACAAAUGAGAAGAUGAAUGCCAAGAACAAGGAAUGCUUACUGGAGGAAAGUUUCUGUGGAACAUCUAUCAUUGUGCCAGAACUUGAAGGAGCUCUUUAUUUGAAAGAAGAUGGAAAGAAAUCCUGGAAAAGGCGCUAUUUCCUUUUACGAGCUUCUGGAAUUUAUUACGUACCCAAAGGGAAGACUAAGACAUCUCGAGAUUUGGCGUGUUUUAUACAGUUCGAAAAUGUCAACAUUUACUAUGGGAUUCAGUGUAAAAUGAAAUAUAAAGCACCCACUGACUACUGCUUUGUUUUAAAGCAUCCCCAAAUUCAGAAGGAGUCCCAGUACAUCAAGUAUCUCUGCUGUGAUGAUGAAAGAACUCUAAACCAGUGGGUCACGGGAAUUCGGAUCGCAAAGUACGGAAAGACUCUCUAUGACAACUAUCAGCGGGCCGUGGCGAAGGCUGGGCUGGCCUCUCGGUGGACAAACCUGGGCACUGUCAAUGCAGCUACACCAAGUCCGCCUUCUACAGGACUUACAGCAGGCACCGCCCAGGCCAAUGGUCAGAUUCCCCAGGCUGCACACUCAGCGAGUGCUGUUCUCGAGGAAGCCCAGAGACACGUUGACACAACUAAGGAUAAGAAGCCAGCUCUUGGUCAACAGGACCCAGGAACCCCCAGGGCCCAUCACCGUCCAAAGUCCGGCCUGCCACCGCCGCCUCCCAUACGGCGGUCCUCAGAUACCAGCGGCAGCCCCGUGAUACCCGCCAAGGCCAAGGCCAAGGGCACCGGCUUCCCAGCCCCACCCGAUGAUUUUCUGCCACCGCCGCCGCCGCCCCCGCCUCUGGAGGACCAAGAGCUCCCGCCACCACCCCCCGAUUUUAACGAUGCGCCCCCGGACUUUGUGCCUCCCCCUCCGCCGUCAUUUGUAGGGGACGCGGGGUCAUUACCACCCCCUCCUCCGCCACCACCCGCCCUGGCACCCGAAUCCCAGAGGCCGCCCCCCAUUGCCACCAAAAGGCCUCCUAUUCCCCCAAAGAGGCAAGAGAACCCAGGACCGCCCAGCGGGGGGCCGGGCGGGGGCGGGGAGCAGGAUUUCAUGUCAGAUCUCAUGAAAGCUUUGCAGAAGAAAAGAGGGAACUUGCCCUAAAGGAAACAUGCAGAUAUCUUUGUGUGAUCGGUAUAAUCCCUUCUAACCACAGAUGUAGUUUUCUUACUUUAUUGUCAUGACAUCUUGAUCAUUUCAGAUAAAAUAUUGAAGUAUUCUGAUUAGAAAUGAUGUAAAACGUUUCACUGUUCUCAAGUACAUUCAUAACCAUUAACCUAACAGAAUUUAGAAUACCUGUCUACAUGUACAUAUCUUCCCUGUGACUUCCAAGUCAGUGGACUGUAUCUUGCUUUCCAAGUUAACCAAAAUGAUGUUUUAUGUUCAUUUAUUUUAUGAUGUUCAGAGCAUCAAAUUAAUAAAAGUUUAAAUUUUCCCCCAGAA